CCCUAUCAAUCGAUCAGAGAGAGGAAGAUGGCGACGGAUGCAGUUAGCAAGGAAGGAUCGAUCACCGAAAAACUCGAUUGGGUUCGGGGUUUUUUUCUGAAUUAGAAACCAAACGAUACCGCGGAAUUUAACACUGUGAAGACGAAGUGAGGAAGCCGUAACAAACAGAACCAGUCCCGCUAAUCUCUGGCCUCACCUUUGAACCUUGACAGCGAUGGAGUUCCCAUGGCACAGCGGGGAGGUUCUGGAGCAGCUUAACCGGCAGCGUAAGCAGGGCCUGCUCUGCGACUGCACCUUCGUGGUGGACGGUGUGGACUUUAAGGCCCACAAAGCCGUCCUGGCGGCUUGCAGCGUGUACUUCCGAACUCUUUUCCUGGAUCAGAAGGAUGUGGUGCAUUUGGACAUCAGCAACGCAGCUGGUUUGGGUCAAGUGUUGGAUUUUAUGUACACCUCCAAACUGAGCUUAAGUUCCCAGAACAUUGAGGAUGUGUUGUCUGUUGCCCACUUCCUGCAGAUGCAGGAAAUCAUAAAUGCUUGUUCUGCUUAUCAGUCGAUGUCAAAUCAAGCUCCAACCAUCAUAACUGUGGAUCUUCCUGAUGAUGAGCCAGAUGAAAAGGCAGGUGGAAGAGAGCAGAAGGACGUAGCUGAAAAUCAGUUUUCGGAGGUUGCAGCACAAGUGGAGCAGUGUCCUGCAAGCACACCUACAGAAGAUCGCAAGAAUACACAGAGUGAAGAUGAUGUGAACAGAGACAUUUGUGUUGAUCCACAACAAUUUACUUCUCAGCCUAAUCCCGGCAGGAAGUACACAAGCCGUGGAAGACCCCCCAAAAACGCUCAGGUGUCUGCACAGAAGAUGAUGCUGGUUAAGGAGGAAGAGGAAUGCUCUACAUCGAACGCCACAACGUUUCAGGAUGACCCCUCAGAUGCAGACUACACACCCAAACCGCAGCUGAGAUCUUCAGGCAGCUUGUCCUACAUGAGCUCACGUGGAAGAAGGAUCCGCAAACCUGCUCGACGUAGGUUUCCACCAGAAAAUGACUCUGAGGAUGAAGGUCCAUCAAAGGCAAAAAAGGAAAGAAAGGUGACAGUUCCCGAAGAAGUAUAUGACAGCCAGGAACCAGACACGGGUGAUGAAGAGAUGGUUGGAGAGACAGAAGAGGACUUCGAACAGCAAAGGGAAGGAGACAGCGAGGAAGAAGGAAGACAAACUCAAGCAGCGUCUAUGAGCAACCGAUCUGAGUCUAGGCCUUACAGUUCUGUGACGCACAAAUGUGGGGACUGUGGGAAGAAAUUUACCCACACGGGUAAUUUUAAGAGACACAUGCGUAUCCACACUGGAGAAAAGCCAUUCAGCUGUCGGGACUGCAACAAGGCUUUCUCUGACCCUGCAGCUUGUAAAGCCCAUGAGAAAACACACAGUCCCCUGAAGCCGUAUUGCUGCUCCACCUGCGGGAAGAGCUACCGCCAGGUCAGCCUGCUCAACCUGCACCGGAAACGGCACACGGGCGAAGCGCGGUACAGCUGCGACGUCUGCGGCAAGCUUUUCACGACUUCAGGCAAUCUGAAGCGCCACCAGCUGGUGCACAGCGGGGAGAAGCCGUACCACUGCGACGUCUGCGACAAAUCGUUCUCCGACCCCACGGCCAAGAUGCGACACCUGGAGACACACGAUACGGAGAAGGGCAACAAGUGUCCGCACUGUGACAAACGCUUCAACCAGGUGGGAAAUCUGAAAGCACACUUGAAGAUCCACAUUGCAGAUGGGCCCCUGAAGUGUAAGGAGUGUGGCAAACAGUUUACCACAUCAGGAAAUCUAAAAAGACACCUACGUGUUCACAGCGGGGAGAAACCAUAUGUGUGUUCGCACUGUCAGAGAGCUUUUAGUGACCCCGGAGCUCUGCAGCGCCACGAACGCAUUCACACAGGAGAAAAACCAUGCGUCUGCCUUGUCUGCGGCAAAGCUUUCACCCAGGCCAGUUCCCUCAUCGCUCAUGUCCGCCAGCACACCGGAGAGAAACCCUACGUCUGUGAUCGCUGUGGCAAAAGAUUUGUGCAGUCCAGUCAGCUGGCCAAUCACAUUCGCCAUCAUGACAACGUGCGGCCACACAAGUGCCAGAUGUGCAACAAGGCAUUUGUGAAUGUGGGAGAUCUGUCCAAACAUAUCAUCAUUCACACGGGUGAGAAACCUUUCCUUUGUGAUAAAUGUGGUCGCGGCUUUAACCGGGUGGACAACCUGCGCUCCCACGUUAAGACUGUUCACCGCGGCAAAGCUGGCAUGAAGCGGCUGGUGGUAACUGGGGAAACUGUGGAAGAAGCUGGCGACGACAGCGCUGAGGGCGGGAUUUCAGAUGAGAUCAAAAUAGUUACGGUCACCACAGAGGACAUCGUCACCCUUGCAACUGAGGCACUGGCAGGCAGUGCUGUAGCUCAGCUCACAGUCGUCCCGGUGUCUGCAGAUGAAACAGAGGCUUUGAAAGCUGAAAUCACCAAAGCAGUAGAGAAAGUGCAAGAAGAAGACCCCAACACCCAGAUCCUGUAUGCUUGUGAUUCGUGUGGCGAUAAAUUUCUGGACGCCACCUCUUUAGCUCAGCACGUUCGGAUCCACACUGCUCAAGCCUUGGUCAUGUUUCAAGCAGAUUCCGACGACUUUUACCAGUACACCACAGCAACCACCACCGGAGAGGGGGAUGAUGCUGCUCCUGCUACAACCUGGCAACCCGCACCAGAACAGGUCAUCCAGGAAGGAGAACUGAUCUUCCCUACAGCAGAGAAAGAGAGAAAACCAGAGAGGAUGGAUGGAGAGACACAAGAAGAACAAGGGUCAGAGGCAGUGAUUCAUGUAGAGGAGGCAGUUGAAGUGGAAGAAACUAGUGCUGAGCACCAAACAAAUGAGCAAGAUGGAGAAGAAGAAAAGGAGAAGGAUAUGAAAUGUGAGGGUCAGGGGUAAUGGAACAGGUUUACCUUGGAUGCAUAAUAUGUUGCUUUUGACAGAAAUCUAUAUGAGGGGCAAUUAAGAUAUUAUGUUUCUUGAUGAGGUAUACAUUAGGUCAUAGGUAAAUACUUAAAGAAAUUGAAUCUGGAUUCCAUCUUUUAAAAUAAAACUGAUUUUAACAAUUUAAUCUUAAGUGACAUAUUUGCUUUACUCUGUAAAGCAGUAGUGUUAUUUUGGUAAAGAACUGCUAAAUGAUUAUACAAGUUUGUAUAGUUGGUUUAUUUUUAGACUGAAAUGUAGGACAGUGUUUUGUCCCUUUUAUGCUAGAUCAUAAAUCUAAUACUUGGAGACUCAUAUUUUUCCAUUUUUGAUGAAAUAUAUACUCUUUCCUCAGACAUGAGCUGUAUUAUACUGUGCUGAGUGUAAAAUGCUUUCAUGUAGAAUUGCUACAAGGACAUGUGAGUCUACAGAAGACUUAGAUGGGAUUCAAAGAACCUUAAUAUAGGAGGUAGUGUGGAUUUAUGUGAUGUUUUUGGUUUUGUUUCACCAAUCCUGUGCUUGUAUAAUUGCCCAUCAAUGAAGUCUUAAUAUAUCAGAUGAAAAGCCUAUAGUUGUGGCUUUGACACAAUCUUUAGUUACACAUUAAUUUCUAGAUGUUUUACUCUUUUUUUGGGUCAGUUUAUAUUGCCAUCUGUAAAAAGAAUCUGCAGUAAAUAUUUGUAGACUUAAUGUAUCAUUAAAGAAUUGCUGCUGUCUAAUACGCAAAAGUAAA